AUUUUGGAAAGUUUAGGAAUAAUUAGUAAUUUAAUGUUUUCAUAUAUAUAUUUAUAUAGGGAAGGGUUUUGAGUGCAAAGGCAAUUAAGUUUAUUUGGGAGGAGAAUUUAAUAGUGAAAGAUGUGGAGACUUAAGUUGGGAAAGGGAGAGAAUGAGAAUAAUUUGUUCAGUACAAACAAUUUCAUUGGAAGGCAAACAUGGGAAUUUGAUCCUGAUGCAGGGACACCUCAAGAACGAGCUCAAGUUGAAGCUGCACGUCUAAAUUUUUACCAAAAUCGAAAUAAAAUCCAAUGUAGUAGUGAUUUGCUUUGGAGAUUUCAGUUUUUAGGAGAGAAAAAUUUCAAACAAACAAUUCCAAAAGUGGUAGUUGAAGAAGGAAAUGGAGGAAUCAUGAAGAAGGAAACUGUAAAAAUGGCAUUGAAAAGAGCGGCAACUUUCUUUGUAGCCUUACAAAGCGACCAUGGCCAUUGGCCUGCGGAAAAUGCUGGCCCUUUGUACUAUUUCCCUCCUUUGGUAUUUGCACUGUACAUUACAAGAGAUCUUAGUACUAUAUUUUCAGAGGAGCAUCGAAAGGAAAUUCUUCGCUAUACUUAUUACCAUCAGAAUGAAGAUGGUGGAUGGGGACUGCACAUUGUGGGAGAAAGUUGCAUGCUUUGCACUGUCCUAAACUAUAUCCAACUUCGUUUAUUGGGAGAAGAAGUUGAUAAGGAAGCCUGUGGUAAAGCUCGAAAAUGGAUUCUAGAUCAUGGAGGUGCUCUUUACAUACCUUCUUGGGGAAAGAUUUGGCUUGCAAUUUUGGGGGUGUACGAGUGGGAGGGAACAAACCCAAUGCCACCAGAAGUUUGGAUGUUUGGAUCAGAAAAAAUAGCUAUGAAUCCAGGAGCACUUUUUUGCUAUGGUCGAUUGACAUAUCUUCCAAUGUCAUACUUAUAUGGGAAGCGCUUUGUGGGACCUCUCACUCCACUCAUUUUACAACUACGACAAGAAAUAUAUACUCAAUCUUAUACCAACAUUAAAUGGAGUCGAGCUCAACAUUAUUGUGCAAAGGAGGAUAAAUGCUUUGAACGUCCACUAAUUCAAAAAUUAGUAUGGGAUGCUCUUCAAUACCUUGGAGAGCCAAUUCUCAAUAGCAAGGCAUUUAGAAGAAUCAGAAAUCGUGCUAUCCAAAUAAAUAAGCUCUACAUUGAUUACGAAGAUCAUUGUAGUCGUUACAUCACAAUUGGAUGUGUGGAAAAGCCGUUAUGCAUGAUUGCUUGCUGGGCGGACGACCCUAAUGGUGAAGCUUACAAGAAACAUCUUGCUAGAGUCAAAGAUUACUUAUGGGUUGGUGAAGAUGGAAUGAAGAUGCAAAGCUUUGGUAGCCAAUCUUGGGAUGCUGCCUUUGCCAUUCAAGCAAUUCUUGCUACUAAUCUUCAUGAAGAAUUCUCAGACACACUUAAAAAAGGUCAUGACUUCAUAAAAAAAUCACAGAUAAAAGAGAAUCCUCAUGGCAAUUUCAAAAGAAUGUAUCGUCACAUGUCAAAAGGAGGAUGGACAUUCUCUGAUCAAGAUCAUGGAUGGCAAGUUUCUGAUUGUACAGCAGAAAAUUUAAUGUGUUGUUUGAUAUUUUCAACAAUGUCUCCAGACAUUGUGGGAGAUCCUAUGGAACCACAAUGUUUUUUCGAUGCAGUCAAUUUAAUACUUUCUUUACAGGCCAAAAAUGGUGGAAUGGCAGCCUGGGAGCCUACUGGGACUGUACCUUCAUGGUUAGAGAAACUAAAUCCGGUGGAGUUCUUCGAAUACUCAUUACUGGAGCGUGAAUACGUAGAAUGCACAUCAUCAGCAAUACAAGCUCUAAUUCUAUUUAAGAAGCUAUUUCCAAGUCACGAGAAGAAAGAGAUCGAUAAUUUUAUAGAGAAAGCAACAAAUUACAUCAAACAAAUGCAGAAAGAAGAUGGAUCAUGGUAUGGAAAUUGGGGAAUAUGUCACAUUUAUGCUACAUAUUUUGCCAUUAAAGGAUUAACAGCAGCUGGGAACACAUAUGAAAAUUGCUUGGCAAUAACAAAAGCUGUGGAUUUUCUACUUAAAAUUCAAUGUGAAGAUGGUGGAUGGGGAGAGAGCCAUAUUUCUUGUUUAAAAAAAGUACAUACUCCUCUACCAGGCAAUACUUCCAAUCUAGUUCAAACUUCUUUUGCUUUAAUGGGUUUGAUCCAUGCCCAACAGGCAAGGAGGGAUCCAACUCCUCUCCAUCGUGCUGCUAAGCUGCUAAUUAACUCUCAAUUAGAAGAUGGUGAUUACCCUCAACAGGAAAUAGCUGGAGUUUUUGCAGACACUUGCAUGCUACAUUAUGCACUAUACAGAAAUCUUAUCGUACGAGGGACUUAAGAGACUUUACCAUACAACGGGCAAGAAUACACAACAUAAAUCCUCUUUCAUGUGUGGGACAAUAAAAGGAUUCCACUAUAUCUAACCUUAACAUUAGCUAAUGGCUCUCAUCCUCGACAAAUUGACAACUUUUUCUGAAAUCAAUACUACUUUUGAUGUUAUUUGACGUACAAGAAUUUAUCAAUGUCUAUUAUAGAUUCUUUGCCAUGACAUGUUGAAAAACCUUUUAGAUCCUAUUAACCAAAGAAAUAAGAUUUUGCACUA